AUGAUCAUUACAGGGAAUGAUGAAUCUGCCAUCCAUAAUCUCAAAAAUUUCCUGAGUAAUAACUUUCGCAUCAAAGACCUUGGAAAUUUGAAAUAUUUUCUUGGUGUGGAAGUUGCUCGUUCUAAGAAAGGCAUUGCUAUCUCCCAAAGAAAAUAUACUCUUGAUCUUCUUGAUGAUGCUGGUUUACUUGAUGCACGUCCAGCAAAAUUUCCUAUGGAUCAGAACUUGAAAUUGACUGCAACAGAUGGAGAGAUUGUCAAAGACCCUUCACGAUAUAGGAGGUUGGUUGGUCGUCUCAUUUAUCUUACAGUCACAAGGCCCGACAUCACAUAUUCAGUUCAUAUCCUCAGUCAAUUCAUGCAUCAACCUAGAAAACCCCAUUUUGAGGCAGCAUUACGAGUUUUAAGAUAUCUAAAAGGCACACCAGGUCAGGGUUUAUUAUUUCCAUCACAAAGUUCUUUAAAGCUAAAAGGUUAUUGUGAUGCAGACUGGGGUGGUUGCCCCACAACAAGGAGAUCAGUUUCUGGUUAUUGUGUUUUCCUUGGUGAUUCUCUUAUCUCUUGGAAAUCCAAGAAACAAAGUGUUGUAUCUCGCUCAUCAGCAGAAGCAGAGUAUCGUUCUAUGGCCUCUGCUACUUGUGAACUCACUUGGUUGAAAUAUCUUCUUCAAGAUUUACAGGUACAUCAUCCAGAACCUGCAAGGUUGGUUUGUGACAACCAAGCUGCUCUACAUAUAGCAGCAAAUCCUGUAUUUCAUGAGCGCACUAAACACAUUGAAAUGGAUUGUCAUGUUGUUCGUGAAAGAAUUCAAAUGGGAGUGAUUGCAACAGCCUAUACGCCAUCUACCCAACAAGUUGCAGACAGAUUUACCAAGCCCCUAGGUGCUACGCUUUUCCAUUCACAUUCACGCAAGUUGGGCAUUCUAGACAUUCAUGCUCCAACUUGA